CUGUGGGCGGUGCGGGCAUCAGUUCCACGACAACCGUUGCCGAGCGCGGACGCACUCUCCAAGCACUCACUCACUCACUCGUGGCUCAACCUCGCACUCGCUAAUCGCAAAAUGACCGGCCGUGGCAAGGGCGGCAAAGGACUCGGAAAGGGAGGCGCCAAACGUCACCGCAAGGUGUUGCGUGACAACAUCCAGGGCAUCACCAAGCCCGCCAUCCGUCGUCUGGCUCGUCGCGGCGGAGUCAAGCGCAUCUCCGGGCUUAUCUACGAAGAGACCCGCGGUGUGCUGAAGGUCUUCCUGGAAAACGUUAUCCGUGAUGCCGUCACGUACACCGAGCACGCCAAGCGCAAAACCGUCACCGCCAUGGACGUUGUGUACGCUCUGAAGCGCCAGGGACGCACCCUGUACGGUUUCGGAGGGUAAACGUGUCUCUCUGCGGCUAAAUCUCCCCCCAUUUCAAUUUCAAACGGCCCUUUUCAGGGC